GUAUUUGUGUGCGUACUGCGUAGCUCAGUAGGUACCACGCAUUUUCCGCGCGCACCAUGUUUACGGACUUGAUUCUUUGCUUCACUGUUUUGACACGGCUUGUGGAUUGGAUUUGAAUACCUAUUUGUUCCAACGACUAGAGAAAAAUCGUAAACCGUUUUUCGUUAAUAAUGGGUCGAAGAAAAGGGAAUAAAACGCGUCUAUUCUUGAGUGCUAAGAGAAAAAUCCUUCAUUUACGUUUUUACGUAUAAAACGGAAGCUUCAUUUUGCACCGUGUACAGUACAAGUCCAAGUCCAAGUAAUUAAAAUUUCAUAUCUAUUAUGGUCAAAGGAGCAAUGAGGUGGUCAAUUUUGAAUGGCAUGGCUGGAUUCUACUCAAGAUGGUCCUUAUAAUAAGACGAUAACAAUUUAAAAGCAGCAAUGACAAUGCUUAGUAUUUUUGUUUCGCACGUGUUUUAUCCCAUAUUUAUCCCAUCUCAGCAGAUGAAAUACCACCUGUUGCGGACGCUCGUAAUACCUAUGCAUUCAUGUCAAAUUACAAUAUGCAUUUAAAUAGGUAUAUAUUGCCUAUCUCUAUGGCAAUCAAAUAUUAUAAAACUGUAUAAUUGAAAUUCGCCUUCCGACUGGGGUUGCCAUCAGUGAUAGGGCUUUCACUUGUUUUAUAAUUUUUUAACCGACUUCCAAAAAAGGGGGGGGGGGGGUUAUAUGUUCGACUGUAUGUAUUUUUUAUAUAUGUUCACCGAUUUCUCCGCCAAUUGUGGACCGAUUUUCAAAAUUCUUUUUUUUAUUCGAAAAUUUACAUUCUUGAGGUGGUCCCAUUGUCACCAAGUCAGAAUCUGAUGAUGGGAUCCCAGGGAAAUCGAGGGCAAGAGAAGGCUUAAUUGGCCUCUAAAAAGCUUGGCGUGCUCAGCAGAGCGGGACAGUAUUUCAUGCCGGCACACCGCCUGCAACUUUACAAGGCGCAGGUUCGGCCUCACAUGGAAUACUGUUUCCAUCUCUGGGCUGAGGCUCCCCAGUGCCAACUCCUUCGACUUGACCGCAUCCAGCGCAGAGCGACUCGAAUCGUCGACGACCGAGUCCUUUCCGAUCGGCUCGAUUCAUUGGCGCUGCGAAUAGAUGUUGCAUCUCUAUGCAUUUUCUUAUGCAUUUACCACGGGGAGUGCUCUGAGGAAUUGUUCGUAUUAAUUCCAGCCGCCAAAUUUCACGAACGCACAUCGCGGCAGAACUCCCGAUACCAUCCACACCAUCUAGAUGAUUGGCGGUCCAUCAUUGUGCGAUUUAGAAGAUGUUUUCUUGCGGCGGUAGUCACUUACCAUCAGGUGAACCGCAUGCUCGUUUGCCCCCUCCCCUAUAAAAAAAGUUCCUCAUAGUCGACCACUACACUCAAUAACUUGUAUUUAGUUUGUGAUGACGAUGAUGGUGCCCAUAAUGAAGAAAUUCAAAACUACAAGUUAUGAGGACGCAGAGUCGUAGAUAUAAAAUAUUUGUUUGUCUGCUAUUUCAAACAUUUAGCACCAACAUUUAGGCUGCACAUUUGCCGAUUUAAUACUCCACAACGACAGUUAAUAAAAAGAAAUCACAACUACUAUUAUCAAGUACAAGGCCAAUUGUACAUCACAUGCCGAAGUUUUUUUACUUUGUUUUGUGGAGCCCCAAGGAAUGUAUUAUAUGAAAAAAUUGAUAAAGAUGACGAAUUUUGGCAAAACAUGGAAACAAAAUUAGAAAAAAUUUUCCACGAAUGCCUUCUCCUGAAAUAAUUGACGGUCGGAUACCACGAAAUUUACCCGUAAGAGAAAGGAUGGAAAUGACGACAAUAAAUGUACAUAUUAAUUAUUAAAUAACUGAUUAUA